AAAGCAAAAUUAUUAAGGUUAACAAAUUUCAUUUUAGUUUCAACUACCGAUUCGGCAUUUUCUAUUUUGUCUAAAAAGGAGAAAAAUUCAAUCGUAAUUUUUUUUUGUACAUAUAUAUAGCCUUAAUAUAUACUUGAAUUGGAUACAAAAGCGUACAGAAGAACUGUUGGGGGAAAUUUGCGCCAUUUACUGGUCAAGUGCAAUAUCCAAAUUGAGUCAUUAAAUCUAUUCAUCUAAAUUUAGCUAAGCGACAUGGCCAAAAAGGGGAAGAAGGGCAAGAAGGGCAAAAAGGGUAAGAAGGUCAGCUGUCCAAUCAAGAUCACCGAUCAAAUGAUAAAACCAUCAAUGCCGCGACCGAUUUGCGAUGAGUGCUGUGAUGAUUGUUGUCAAUGCCAAUACGAUUGCGAUUGCAGUCCAGAGAUCCAGCCAUGCUUUAUACAACCCACACGUCCGGAUGCGGGUCCCGAGGCCUAUGAUGAGUUCGAGGCCUGUUUGAAUGGAAGUGGUCUGACUAUACGUGUCCUCAAGAAUACGCACAAGGUGCAAAGUGUGAAUGAUGGCGCCGCUUCGAAUUUGGGUGCCGACGAUGAUCCCUGCUACAGGCAGGACAUUGAUGAUUGUCCCUCGAACGAGUGCCUCAACGAUAUACUGCAACGCAGCAAUUUUGCCCGGAAGCACAUACAGCGUCGCACCUGCGGACGGAUCGUCAAUCAUCCCAGCAUACCAAAAGUGCGUGCAAAUAUCAAAUACUCUGGCAACGAUACCUGCGAGACGGACAACUUUUAUGUGCCCUUCUCCAAGAUCAAGGAGGCGUGCGAGCAGGAGGAGGCCAAGGUCGACUGUUAUCGAUCGCGUGUCUGCGAUAAGCACGAAGCCAAACUCGAUUGCUAUCGUCGACGCUUGUGCGGUGGCGGAGUUCCUUGCAUUCCUGCCAUACCGCCAAAUAGGAAUCAACGCAGCUGCUCCAUGCAGGUUCAGGCCAAGGAUAUCAAGGACACCAUGAAGGGCGUCAAUCUGGAUACACGCAAAAAGGGCAUUGAGGUCUGUUACAAAACGUGCGAGGAGACCGAUAGCGAUGUGUUCCUCGUCAAGCUGGGCAGCAAGUCCAAGUCGCAGCACAAGAAGAGCACCAUCGAGAUCGAGUUACGCACGCCCAAACAGCCAGUCACAUUGCCCGUGAGCAAGGUGACCACCGAAACGUAUGUGACGGAAGCAUUGCUCGAUGCCACCAAGGGCAAGAAGGGCAAAAAGGGUAAGAAAGGCAAAAAGGGUAAGAAGGGCAAGGGGAAGAAGAAGAAGGGAAAAUAGUUGGCCAAUAUCGAAGGAUAUGAGAGAUACCAGCGCCAGAGACAGCCUGCCGCCCAUCGAUAAAUCCUGGCAAAAGAAAUCUGCUUAACCCACUGCUGCCAUUGCCUCUCCAUUACCCUGACACACACUGAGCAAAAAUAUCAAAACAAAUCUCUGUAUCUCAGUGGGUUGAUAAAUCAAAUUAUAAAAUAUUACAUUUUGGCGAAACCUUAA